AUGCAGCCUCGGAACCCACAAGAUUCCAGCCUUUUCCUCGAGAGGUUGCCUCUUGAGAUUCGCUUGGAGAUCUACUCCUACGUCUUUCAUUCCGUUCGUCUGGCCUUCGGUCGGAUUUCGACGCAGAUCAACCCCAUUUCCCCGACCAACACAUUGACUGGCCAUGCGAACAUUUCGUCUGUCCAAAUGCGGCCGCCACCGAAUAGUCUCAGUUUACUCCACGUCUGCCGCAAAGUCAACCGCGAAAUCGGUCAUAGCUGGAUAAACCAGGUACUCUUCAGCUUUGAAGGUGCGCACACGAUGUUAGAAAAACUCGCCGCGCUCGAACCAUCACUGCUGUCGAGGCUACGCCAUAUGCGGAUCUCAGGGCCCUCGCCCAUGCUCUCGAUCGAGAGCGACCCGCCAACUAUAGAAUACGGAUGGGCAUACGUGUUCAAAGCGCUGCCUGGCUUGUGCCUGGACAGAUUGACAGUCGUUGGCUCCCACGCCCCAACAGCGACAACGGACCUCCUUAUUGCCGAGCAGCUGAUCAAACAGAGCGACGGGUGGAGGAAACUCUAUUUCAUAUCCCACAACUCCGCCAUACUGGAGCUUACCAGGCAAGUGCGCCACCAUGACCACUGGCACGCGGUGCCGCGGCUAUCGAGGCUAGAUCGAGCACUUGUGAGGCGUGACGGACCAACGGCGCUCGUCCGCUUUUACCGGUCGAUACAUGCGGCUGAUCACGGGCUGAUGACAACAGAGCCUGCUACUCGCGAAGCCAUGUUCAGACGGGGUCCCCAGAAUUGGAAAGCCUACUGCGCUCCACGUGACGCUGCGCUGAGCCAGCGUGAGGAAAUGGAGAAGGGAGUACUGCUCAUUGCGCACAGAGGGAGGGACGUGAACUACACCGUGGAACCGCUGCCGAGCGGUAUCAAAAAUGUCAAGGUACUGAAGCGCAGGAAGAGACCUAACAACCGCCAGAUGGGCGUCAUGGUGGACACUUACAAACACGUGGAUGACUAUGAGUAG